AUUAAAUUGAACUGUUUGUAGAUAAAAGAUUAUUGUUUUUAUUUGUCGACAGACAAAAAAACAAACAGAUCCCCUUGCGAUUAUUUCUAAUUCUGAAUUCAAUAAAUGGUUUUUUAAGGAGACGCGUCUGUGAGGUGGAAAACUCCGAAACAGUCUGCGUCUAUCCACGCAUUGGCUCAAACUCAUGAUGGAUUUUUAACAAAACAACAAAAGAUCAUCGUUCGAACUUUUAUCCGAGUUUUUUCCCCUUCAUAAAUUCCUCCAAAUCAAAUAUUCCUAAGAUCCUACGAAGCCAGAAGAAAGCUCAAUCUGUAUAUUUUUCUGGCAUUUUUUUCCCAGUUUUAGGAUCGACGACAUUCUCCCUCCUUAAAAAGCUUUUUGUUUCUCUGUAGAUUACAAUUUCUGUAUAGGUUUAGAAGAAGAAAAAAACAAAAGAUGAGUUUCAGGGAUGAUACGGAAGAGGGAAGGAAUGAUCUUCGGCGACCGUUCUUGCACACCGGAAGUUGGUAUCGGAUGGGUUCCAGACAAUCUAGUAUGCUGGAAUCGUCUCAAGCUAUUCGAGACAGCUCAAUCUCUGUCCUAGCUUGUGUUUUGAUUGUAGCUCUUGGUCCAAUUCAAUUCGGAUUCACUUGUGGUUAUUCCUCUCCAACUCAAGCUGCCAUUACUAAGGAUCUUGGUUUAACUGUAUCAGAGUCUCUGAUGAUUGCUGCAAUUCCUAAUAUUAUUGGCUGGCUUUCGAUAUCAUUCGCAAAAGAUACUUCUUUUCUUUACAUGGGAAGAUUGUUAGAAGGUUUCGGCGUGGGGAUAAUCUCUUACACGGUGCCUGUAUAUAUCGCCGAGAUCGCUCCACAGAACAUGAGAGGAGCCUUAGGUUCAGUCAACCAGCUUUCUGUAACAAUUGGGAUAAUGUUGGCGUAUCUACUCGGUCUCUUUGUUCCAUGGAGAAUUCUUGCAGUUUUGGGAGUAUUGCCGUGUACAUUAUUGAUACCGGGCCUAUUUUUCAUUCCUGAAUCUCCUCGGUGGCUUGCAAAGAUGGGAUUGACAGAUGAUUUCGAAACUUCGUUGCAAGUUCUUCGUGGAUUUGAUACUGAUAUUACCAUUGAAGUUAAUGAAAUCAAGAGAUCUGUGGCAUCAUCUGGCAAACGUUCUGCGAUUCGGUUUGUAGACCUCAAGCGUAGGAGAUACUAUUUUCCAUUGAUGGUUGGUAUAGGACUGCUUGUACUACAACAACUUGGAGGAAUUAAUGGUGUCUUGUUCUAUUCGAGUACAAUUUUUGAAUCUGCAGGGGUCUCAUCGAGUAAUGUGGCCACAUUUGGAGUUGGUGCUGUUCAGGUUAUAGCGACUGCAGUAGCGACAUGGUUGGUGGAUAAAUCAGGUCGUCGACUUCUGCUCAUGAUCUCUUCUAUCGGGAUGACUAUUAGCCUCGUGAUUGUUGCAGCCGCUUUUUUCCUUAAGGAAUUCGUAUCACCUGAUUCUCAAAUGUACAACAUUCUAAGCAUGGUCUCUGUUGUUGGAGUUGUGGCUAUGGUUAUUGCUUGCUCUUUAGGAAUGGGACCAAUUCCAUGGCUGAUUAUGUCUGAGAUUCUUCCAGUCAAUAUAAAAGGUUUAGCCGGGAGUAUAGCAACUUUGGCUAACUGGUUCGUCUCGUGGUUAGUCACAAUGACUGCAAACAUGCUCUUAGCUUGGAGCAGUGGAGGAACUUUUACUCUUUACGCUUUGGUUUGUGGAUUCACUGUGGCCUUUGUGAGUCUUUGGGUUCCUGAGACUAAAGGCAAAACUCUUGAAGAGAUUCAAGCUUUGUUCAGAUGAUUCAAGACAAGGAGAAGAAGACAACACUUUAUUUGUUCACUUUUUGUUUUCGCCAUUACAGAUCAUAUUCUUUUUGUCCUUCUCUGUGUCUUUAUUUGCUUUGUUCAGUGUCUUUUCUUUUUUGGCAUAGAUUGUAAAAGCAUAUCAUUUUACUUUUUUUAAUUUGAUUUUUAAUGUGUGUGUAAGUGUAUUAUUUCGGAUUCUUAAGAUGAGUAGCAAUAUAUAUAUUCACUAAUGCAUACAUUAAUUUUUACAAAAA